GCCUCGCCUCUCAGCUGCGCGCGCAGUUUCCUGGAGACCCGGAAGCAGAUUUCGUGGAGUGACGGUCAUGCUGCGGCGUGGACACUUGACGUUCAGGGAUGUGGCCAUAGAAUUCUCUCAGGAGGAGUGGAAAUGCCUGGACCCUGCUCAGAGGACUUUAUACAGGGAAGUGAUGUUGGAGAACUACAGGAACCUGGUCUUCCUGGGAAUCUGUCUUCCUGACCUGAGUAUUAUCUCCAUGUUGGAGCAAAGGAGAGAUCCCCGGAAUCUGCAGAGUGAAAUGAAAAUGGCCAACAAUCCAGGUGGCAGGGAAUGCAUCAACGGUGUGAACACAGAGAGCAGCUCUAAAUUGGGAAGCAAUGCAGGAAACAAGUCUCUUAAAAAUCAACUUGGAUUAACCUUUCAGUUACAUCUGAGUGAAUUGCAGCUAUUUCAAGCUGAAAGGAAUAUUUCUGGAUGUAAACAUGUUGAAAAACCUAUCAACAACAAUUCCUUAGUUUCACCACUUCAAAAAAUUUAUUCUAGUGUCAAAUCCCACAUUUUAAAUAAAUAUAGAAAUGAUUUUGAUGAUUCUCCAUUUCUCCCACAAGAACAAAAAGCACAAAUUAGGGAAAAACCUUGUGAAUGUAAUGAGCAUGGCAAAGUCUUUAGAGUGUCUUCAAGCCUUGCUAACCAUCAAGUAAUCCACACUGCAGAUAACCCUUACAAAUGUAAUGAAUGUGACAAGGUCUUCAGUAACAGUUCAAACCUUGUACAACAUCAAAGAAUUCAUACUGGAGAGAAGCCUUACAAGUGUCAUGAAUGUGGCAAACUCUUCAAUCGAAUUUCACUCCUUGCACGACAUCAGAGAAUCCAUACUGGAGAGAAACCUUACAAAUGUAAUGAGUGUGGCAAAGUCUUCACUCAAAAUUCUCACCUUGCAAAUCAUCACAGAAUCCACACUGGAGAGAAACCUUACAAAUGUAAUGAGUGUGGUAAGGUCUUCAAUAGAAAUGCGCACCUUGCACGACAUCAGAAAAUUCAUAGUGGAGAGAAACCUUACAAAUGUAAGGAAUGUGGCAAAGCAUUUUCAGGGGGUUCAGGCCUUACCGCUCAUCUUGUAAUUCACACUGGAGAGAAACUUUACAAAUGUAUUAAAUGUGGCAAGGUCUUCAAUCGAAAUGCACACCUUACCAGACAUCAAAGAAUCCAUACUGGAGAGAAACCUUAUGAAUGUAAAGAAUGUGGCAAGGUCUUCAGGCACAAGUUUUGUCUAACCAAUCAUCAUAGAAUGCACACGGGAGAGCAACCUUACAAAUGUAAUGAAUGUGGCAAAGUCUUCAGUUACAAUUCACACCUUGCACAACAUCAGAGAACACAUACUGGAGAGAAACCUUACAAAUGCAGUGACUGUGGCAAGGUAUUUAGUCGACUUUCAUGCCUUACACGACAUCAAAGAGUUCAUACUGGAGAGAAGCCUUACAAAUGUAAUGAAUGUGGCAAAGCAUUUAGAGACAGUUCAGGCCUUACUGCCCAUCUACUAAUUCAUACUGGAGAGAAACCUUACAAAUGUAAAGAAUGUGCCAAGGUCUUCAGGCAUAGAUUAUCCCUAAGCAAUCAUCAGAGAUUUCAUACUGGAGAGAAACCUUACAGAUGUAAUGAAUGUGGCAAGGACUUCACUCGAAAUUCAAACCUUGCAAAUCAUCACAGAAUCCAUACUGGAGAGAAACCUUACAAAUGCGGUGAAUGUGACAAAGUCUUUAGUCACAAUUCACACCUUGCACGACAUAGGCAGAUUCAUACUGGAGAGAAGCCUUACAAAUGCAAUGAAUGUGGCAAGGUCUUCAGCCACAAGUUAUACCUAAAAAAACAUGAGGGAAUUCAUACUGGGGAGAAACCCUACAGAUGUCAUGAAUGUGGUAAGGACUUCACUCGAAAUUCAAACCUGGCAAAUCAUCACAGAAUCCAUACUGGAGAGAAGCCGUACAGAUGAAAUGUGUGUGCUCGUGUCAUCUGUCUCUUGCCUCGGCGCCUGGGUGGCUUGCCGCCCACAUGGGAGCAAAGGAGAGAGCCCUGAACUCUGCAGAGUGAAAGGAAAAUAGCAAAAAAUCCAGAUGGGAGGGAAUGGAUCAAAGGUGUGAACACAGGUAAGAGCUCAGAUGGGCAGAGUGGAAGCUGAAGCUGUAUAAUUUUUUUUUUUUUUUUCCUUGAGAGACAGGGUCUUGCUCUGUUAGCCAGGUUGGAGUGCAGUGGCAAUCAUAGCUCACUGCAGCCUGGAACUCCUGGACUCAAGUCAUCCUCCUUCCUCUGCCUCCCAAACUGGUGGGAUUACAGGUGUGAGCCAAUGCACCCUGCAAAGCCACACUAAUAAAUAGUGUUUGGGAAACUCUGCAACUGGGAUAAUUCUGUGGAAAACCAAUAGUAUAAAUCCUGUUAGUUUUUUUUUUUUUUUCUUUUCUUUUCUGAGACAGAGUCUCACUCUGUUGCCCAGGCUGGAGUGCAGUGGCGCAAUCUCGGCUCACUGCAACCUCUGCCUCCCAAGUUUAAGCUAGUAUCCUGCCUCAGCCUCCUGAGUAGCUGGGAUUACUGGUGCCUGCCACCAUCCUUGGCUAAUUUUUGUAUUUUUAGUAGAGAUGGGGUUUCACCAAGUUGGCCAGGCUGGUCUCGAACUCCUGUCCUCAGUUGAUCUGCCCGCCUCAGCCUCCCAAAGUGCUGGCAUUACAGGUGUGAGCCACCACGCCUGGCCUAAAUCCUGUUAGUUUUGAAUGGAAAUUUUCCCUUUUUUUUUCUUUUCUGGGACAGGUUCUUGCUCUGAGACAAUGACAAGUACAAACUAGGUUUACUGUAAAUAUGAGAAAGGGAAAAAAUAUUUUUACUGUAUUAGAAGACUUGAAAUCACAUGAAGUGAUACCAAUCUUUUGUUGUUGGUGGUCAGAUGUUUAGGUAUUUUAGGUGUUUGGGUUUUUUGUCUUUCUACAUAACUGCUAACCUUGUUAGUAUCUGCAGAAUGCCUUAAUUAGGAAAGGUAUUAACCCUAUGUGUCAGAUUUGUGUAAUUCAUAUUGUUUUAUAUGGAGUCUUCCAAUAAAUGUAUAUGGUAUAUGUCUC